UUAGUGUACGCUUUCCGCUUGAACCAGAUGAGCCGUGGAUGAGCUGUUUCACAUUACUGUUUCGUCCGGUGUUUACUUUGUAUCUCUUUGUCCGGUGCUCUGUCGAGUCGCUACGAACACUGGGCACAUGUUCUCAGCUUAUGGUCAGAAGUCCGACAGGAUGAAGAGAGACACAACUAUUGCUGCGGUCGUGGUCUUCUGGCUACUUCUGAGCCCAGCGAGGGGCAGAGGGACCGGGGGAUUUCAAGGCGCCAUUCCCCAUCCCAAUAAAUACAACCCAAACCAGUCGGAACAAUCGCCGCAGACACCACAAACCAUAUUCAGGGGGAUGGGGCCGCCUACACCAGCUGAGGAGGUGCUGGAUUCUAGCCAAGAGGCCCUGCAUGUCACAGAACGCCGCUAUCUGAAGCUGGACUGGUGCAAGACGCAGCCACUCAAACAAACCAUUCAUGAAGAAGGCUGCCUCAGCCGCACAAUCAUCAACCGUUUCUGUUAUGGGCAGUGCAACUCUUUUUACAUCCCUCGACACGUCUAUCAAGAGGACAGCGCUUUUCAGUCGUGCUCAACUUGUAAGCCCAAGAGCUUUACCACUGUCACGUACACGUUAUUCUGUCCUGGGAAGCAACCAAACACCAAGAAGAAACGCGUCCAGCGCGUAAAACAGUGUCGCUGUACGUCCAUAGAUUUGGAUUAAUAAAUCCCUUUAUAAAGCUUUUUGAACGGACUGCUAUGUUCACCUGAGAAAAAAAGGUGAUGAGGGGCGAAAGGACUUUAAGCAGGUUUACAAGACUCCGCACCACAGCCCCUUGUUUCACACUAGUGCGUCUGUCGGUAAACUGACGGUCCAAUUUGUCCAAGUGCAUGUAAACUACAGGCUGCGCAUAAUUAACAUAAGCCUACUUUCGUGAAGACAUACUUGCUUGCUCAUAUAACUGAUUCUUUCAGCAUGGGGAAAAGGUUGGGAACAUUAUUGGAUCAUAUCUCAUCUGCGCCAGACAGAGAUGUGUCAAUCAGUAUAUCCACUGUGUGGAUUUGUAACAAUAGUGCACGCUAAUUUAAUCUUAUUGGUACAGUCAUUGUGAUCAAUGUCACACAAAGAACUUUCAUAAUUCCUGUUUUUCUGUAUGAUACAUUAUUAAAUGUUUGUUGUAUCGAAAUAAACUUAUUUUUACAUCUUUUAAUAA